GUGUGGACUCCAGCUAGCGAAGCGGCCUCCGCUGUCCUGCAGGCCUUGCCACAGCAGGUGCCCGCCCCGCCCCUAUGCCCAACAUGAGCUGGAGCUUCCUGACCCGGCUGCUGGAGGAGAUCCACCACCACUCGACGUUCGUGGGCAAGGUGUGGCUGACGGUGCUGGUGGUGUUCCGCAUCGUGCUCACGGCCGUGGGCGGCGAGGCCAUCUACGCCGACGAGCAGGCCAAGUUCACCUGCAACACGCGCCAGCCGGGCUGCGACAACGUGUGCUACGACGCCUUCGCGCCGCUGUCGCACGUGCGCUUCUGGGUCUUCCAGAUCGUGGUCAUCUCCACGCCGGCCGUGCUCUACCUGGGCUACGCCGUGCACCGCCUGGCCAGGGCCGCCCGCGCCCCGCGCCGCCGGCCCGCGCUGGCCCUGGCGCCCCCGGGCUGGCCGGGGCCCGCCGAGCUGGGCGACGAGGAGCCCAUGCUGGGCCUGGACGACGACGACGACGACGACGAGCAGGACGGCCGCGCGCGGGCGGCCGAGCACGCCGGGGCCGAGGCGCACGCGGGGGACGCGGCCAAGGGCGGCGGCGGCGGCGCUGGCCCCGCGGCGGCGGCCACGGCGCAGCACGACGGCCGCAGGCGCAUCCAGCGCGAGGGCCUGAUGCGCGCCUACGUGGCCCAGCUGGUGGCCCGCGCCGCCUUCGAGGUGGCCUUCCUGGUGGGCCAGUACCUGCUGUACGGCCUGGAGGUGCGGCCCUCCUUCGCCUGCAGCCGCCGGCCCUGCCCGCACGUCGUGGACUGCUUCGUGUCGCGGCCCACCGAGAAGACCGUCUUCCUGCUGGUCAUGUACGUGGUCAGCGGCCUCUGCCUGCUGCUCAACCUCUGCGAGAUGGCGCACCUGGGCCUGGGCAGCGCGCAGGACGCCGUGCGAGGUCGCCGGCCACCCCCGGCCGCGCCUGGCCCCGGGCCUCGCCCGCCGCCCUGUGCGCUGUCCGCGGGCCCCGCGGGCCUGGCCGGGCCGCCCGACUACAGCCUGGUGGUGCGCGCGGCCGAGCGCGCCCGGGCCCGCGACCACGGCCUGGCCGGCCUGGCCCUGCAGGCCUUGCGCGACGGGGGCCUCGACAGCCCGCCAGGCCCCGGCCUGGACCUGGCUGCCCCCCACAGGGGCCCCACGAGGGCCGCUGCCACCGCCUCGGGCUCGGGCAGCGCCACAUCGGGGGGCACCGGCGGGGGCCAGGCCCGGCCAGGCACCAAGGCCAGGGCAAGUUCGGAGAAGGGCAGCGCCAGCAGCCGGGAGGGGAAGACCACGGUGUGGAUCUGAGGGCUGGCACCACCCGGGGCACAACGCGGGCAGGCCUGUGACAGGAGGCAGAGAAACUCUGGGCUAUCUGUUGGAGGGUGCAGAGCAAGGCCCGAGUAGAUGGCCCCUCUAUCCUCCACAGGGGUGUGGGAGCUCCGGCCGGAAGCCUAGGAGUCUCCCCGGCUCCAACCCUGCA